UUCCACGGAAUCCAUUCCACGGAAUCCCCAGCGUGCUUCUGAAGCUACCCGUGCUUCUAGUGGUUAUAUAAGGUUCCCGAGAUCAAAACGAGAUUCUGCCAAGUCGCCAUGAGUAGAUUCGACCAGAAUCCGUUCGAUGAGGAGACGGACAGGAAUCCCUAUUCUCAAUCGGGUCCUCGAGGCAGUGCCUCGUUCUUCGAUAGCCGACAACCCGGCAGCGCCAUGACCGGCAUGAGCAGCAACAGGCCCUCUCCGUUGCCCGCCGGCAGCGGAUCCACCUUCGACGUAACUUCUGAUGUUCAGUUCAGCCCGCGGGCGCUGAGGAAGAAACAGAAGGAGCUGCAAAGCUGGGAAGCUGCACUGAGGCAAAAGGAAGAGGAGCUGGCAAAGAGAGAAGAUUCGCUUGGCAUCAUGACCAAGAAUUUCCCGCCAUUUUUCCCCUUGAUCCGGAACAACAUUCGAGAGGAUGUGCCCGAGUAUCUGCAAGGCUUGAUGUUCCUCGGCUUCUGGGUGUGGAUGGGGACAAUGGCGGCCCUGCUCUACAACCUCGUUCCCAUCACAGCGACAUGGGUUGCUGGUGCUUACAAAGGCUCAGCAGGAUUUGUUAACUUUUUCAUGGCGCUGCUGUAUUUCAUUAUCGGAGUGCCGGGCUCCUACUUCUUAUGGUACUCUCGCCUGUACUAUGGAAUGUGCAAGGACAGUGGCGUUGGCAUGGCCUUCUUCUUCUGUGGCUUCACGACCCAUCUGCUCUUCUUCAUUUUUGCCUCCAUAUCGCAUCUAAUUUGGAUCGGCCAGUUUCGAAGAACCUCUUUUGCGUGCGUCGUCACAACUAUUGAUGUCUUUACACAUGGGUGGGGCAUCGUUGGGCCUCGUUGAUUCUGUGAAAUUUAAUGUAGUACUUGUU